AUGGCUGGAGAUGUUUUCAACAACCUCAUUGAGACUAUCGAGCCCAGUGACCACAAGAUAUGGCCUCCUAAGGUACUGGAGGUUUUGCUAACAAUAAGGGACGAAGAGUUACCAGAUUGUCCACCGUACGAACAAUUCCUGCAAGAUAUCCAAAAUCCGCUUCACCAUCGAGAACCAUCAAGAAAACGCAAGCGCCAAGAUGCGUCGCAAACAAUCGAAACAAACAUUCCGCUGGUUCUGAAUGGUCUAUCAUGGGACCAUUAUGUCCCAUUCAACUUCAUGCCUCGAGCCAGAGCGGACAAGCUUCCAGAACCUAUCCGUACGGGCGUGAUGACUAGCGAGAGAUGGAACGAGGAAACAACGACAGGAGGGUACAAUGUGACAAAUUCUGUUGCGAUAUACCUUCCGACUGAAAGGGCAGAUGGGCUGUUCAUUGCGAGGAUUGAAUACAAAAGAGCGUGGAAGAUCGCAAAACAGCUGCGUCUUGGAGACACAGUCGAGGCCUUCCAGGGUGAGUCGGAGGAAGACGAGUCGGACGAUUUGAUAACAGGCACAUCUCACGUUAUCGCUUUUCAAACCGAACCCUAG